GGAUAAAAUAUUAAAUUGUGAGAAAUAUCGAGAGAAGAAUGAAGUAGGAAUGAAAAGAGUCGUAACGCAAGGAUUUCGAUUGUCGAAUUGUCAUGCGAAAAAAGUUCGUUGAUUUCUCGACGAGACGCUUUUUAAAAUAUAAUACGUUCAUAAAACGAAUUAAGAGUCGACGUAGAAGAAAAAAUCACCGUUUAAAAAGUGGGUUGGGCCGCAAGCCCAAGAGAGUCAAAGUUACGUUAAGUUCCCGCUCUCCCGAUAGAUAGAAAGCAUUCCCAAAUAAUAUGUGGAGAAUGUCGAGAAGACCUCGAAGAUAUAUAAUCAUAAGAAGAAAAUAUAUUUUUGAAAAAAAAGAACUACAUGUGUCGAUAUCCCACGCUCGUGGAAGCUUCCAAAGGAUUGUCAAAACGACGGACAGAGACAAUAGUCCAAGACGAAUUUAUAGGUUAUAUUACGUCGAGGUCACCUAAAUCGGAUUAAUUUUACGCAACAGAAACGAUGCAACGUAAUUGCUCGUGCACAAGAGAGUCGAAGUCUACGUUCCAAUUGUGCUCAACGCGAUGAGUACUACGGACGCGUGGAAGUUUGCGAAAAUUGCGAAGUACGUGCUUUUACCUCGGAUUUUGGCGUUCGGGCAACGGCGGACGGACGGUUUACACACGGCGCUACGGACGAAUUCGUCGUCCGUCGCCUCGACAAGUCAAAGUGAUCCGCGUCUUAUCCGCGCUUCGACUAUCCGGCAGUUAAUCAUGGAAUUGGAGAACUGUAAUUCGCAUGGUGAUCAUGGAAACGUAUCCCCAUCGACACCGCAAAAUGAUAAUGAUCCUACAGGGCAUAAGAAAUGGUACCGGCAAGCUAGUCAAAGAUAUCCACAAAUGAUUCAAGCUGAUCCAUCAUAUGACGUAGAGAAUAUGGGAACUAUUAGCAUGAUGGCUAGAAAAAUUGCUGCGAAUAGGAUUUUUGUUAACCGUAGUCUUCAUUUAGAAAAUAUUAAAUUUUAUGGAUUUGACAUGGAUUAUACACUGGCGGAAUAUAAAUCUCCGCAAUAUGAGCAGCUUGGAUUUAAUCUCUUAAAAGAUCGUUUAGUGUCUUUGGGAUAUCCACAAGAAAUUAAAGCAUUUGAAUAUGAUCCUAGUUUUCCGGUACGAGGCCUAUGGUUUGAUACUCUUUACGGAAACCUAUUGAAGGUUGAUGCCUAUGGGAAUAUUUUAGUCUGUGUACAUGGAUUUGAAUUUUUAAAACACUCUCAGGUUUAUGAACUCUAUCCAAAUAAGUUUUUACAACUAGACGAAUCAAGAGUCUAUGUUUUGAAUACACUGUUCAAUUUACCAGAGACUUAUCUAUUAGCAUGCCUCAUAGAUUUCUUCACGAAUUCUCCGCAAUAUACUAGAGAAAAGACUGGAGUUAAAGAAGGUGAACUUACUAUGAGUUUUAAAAGCAUUUUCCAAGAUGUAAGAAAUGCCGUUGACUGGAUUCACUUGCAUGGAAAUUUAAAAAGUAAGACUAUAGAAAACUUGGACGAAUAUGUCAAAAAAGAUGAACGGCUUCCAAUGUUUCUUACACGUAUUAGAGAAAGCGGUGCAAAACUAUUUUUGCUAACAAAUAGUGAUUAUGUUUUUACCGAUAAAAUAAUGACCUAUUUGUUUGAUUUUUCACAUGGUGCAAGGCCUGACGAACCACAUCGAAAUUGGAAAACAUAUUUUGAUACUAUUGUUGUUGACGCCAGAAAGCCAUUAUUUUUUGGAGAAGGUACAAUCUUGCGACAGGUAGAUACUAAAACUGGUGCUUUAAAACUUGGAACACAUAAAGGCCCUCUUCAUACAGGUGAAGUCUAUUCAGGAGGAUCGUGCGAUGUUUUCACAGAAUUAAUCGGCGCGAAAGGUAAAGAUGUAUUGUACGUCGGAGAUCAUAUAUUUGGUGAUAUUUUGAAGAGUAAAAAAAUUAGAGGAUGGAGGACAUUUUUAAUAGUGCCAGAAUUAGUUCAGGAAUUACAUGUAUGGACAGACAAAUGUCAAUUGUUCGCAGAAUUACAAAAUUUGGAUGUAAUGCUAGGAGAGAUGUACAAAAACUUGGAUAGUAGCACAAAGGAAAAGCCAGAUAUAUCUAAACUUCGAGCUUCCAUAAGAGAUGUCACGCACAAAAUGGAUUUAGCAUAUGGUAUGAUGGGAUCAUUAUUUCGUAGCGGAAGUAGGCAGACAUUUUUCAGUAGUCAAGUAGUGAGGUAUGCAGAUUUGUAUGCUGCCACUUUCCUUAAUUUGAUUUAUUAUCCAUUCUCAUAUAUGUUCAGAGCACCUGCUAUGCUGAUGCCACACGAGAGUACAGUUGCUCAUGAACAAAGAUUUGUUAUGGAAACACCCAUGAUCAGUCGAUCAAGAACAUUUAAACUUUCAGAAGAAGAAGAAGAACAAAAUCGACUGACUGCUAAAGCUAUGUAUGUGGAUCACUUAAAUAGUCAAAUUCCACAUGCAAGGCCUGAAACACCACGCAAUGUAACACAUACGCAUGAUGAAGACUGCAGUGAUGAGGAUAGCGAUUCUCAAAAGCAAGGGAACUGUACUAAGGCGUGCUCAAAAAAUCUUAACUGUAAUUAAUUUGUUAUAAUACUAAUUACAUAACUUCUUUAAAAAAUUUAUUAAAUUUAACUUUAUAAAAUU